CCCCUGCGCCCCGCGGAGCGGGCCGGGGCCGCGGCGGGGGCCGGAGCGGGCCGAGCCGCCGCGCCCGCUCCAUGGAGGCCGCGGCCGAGGCCCCGGGGUCGGCCCCGGCUCUCAGCUGCUUCUCCUACAACCAGGACUGCACCUCCCUGGCAAUUGGAACCACAACUGGAUAUCGGCUUUUCUCCUUAAGCUCUGUGGAACAACUGGACCAGGUCCAUGAAAGCAAUGAAAUCCCAGAUGUUUACAUCGUGGAGCGUCUGUUCUCCAGCAGCCUUGUGGUUGUGGUCAGUCAUGCCAAGCCACGGCAAAUGAAUGUGUACCACUUCAAGAAAGGGACAGAGAUCUGCAACUACAGCUAUUCCAGUAACAUACUGUCCAUCCGCCUGAACCGUCAGAGGCUGGUUGUUUGCCUGGAAGAGUCAAUUUACAUCCACAACAUUAAGGACAUGAAGCUUCUGAAGACUAUUCUGGAUACACCCCCAAAUACAACAGGGCUCUGUGCGCUCUCCAUCAACCACGCCAACUCCUACUUGGCUUAUCCCGGCAGCGCGACCAGCGGAGAGAUCGCGCUUUACGACGGAAACAGUUUGAAAACAGCCUGCUCCAUUCCUGCCCAUGACGGGCCUCUGGCUGCCCUCGCCUUCAACUCCACCGGCUCGAAGCUUGCAAGUGCCUCUGAGAAAGGCACAGUCAUCCGGGUGUUUUCCGUUCCUGGGGGGCAGAAGCUCUAUGAAUUCCGGCGAGGGAUGAAAAGGUAUGUGAACAUCAGCUCUCUGGUGUUCAGCAUGGAUUCCCAAUUCCUCUGUGCUUCCAGCAACACAGAGACCGUGCACAUCUUUAAACUGGAGCAUCUCACUGACAGCCGGCCAGAAGAGCCUCCAACCUGGAGCGGUUACAUGGGAAAGAUGUUCCAAGCUGCCACCAACUACCUCCCUGCUCAGGUAUCGGGCAUGAUGAACCAGGAUCGAGCCUUCGCCACUGUCCGCCUCAACGUCUCCGGACAGAGGAACAUCUGUGCCCUCUCCACGAUUCAGAAGCUGCCUCGACUGUUGGUGACUACAUCAGAUGGACAUCUCUGUAUCUAUAACCUGGACCCACAAGAUGGAGGGGAGUGUGUCUUAAUUAAGAAGCACAGUCUUCUUGGCUCAGGAAAGAUGGAGGAGAACAAAGAAAACGACCUUCAGCCUCCAUUACCUCAAUCUUAUGCAGCGACUGUAGCCAGACAAAGUACAGUGCCUUCAACUUCGACCAUGCCAGGUUACUCGGAGGACGGUGGUGCCCUGCGAGGAGAGGUUAUCCCAGAGCAUGAGUUCGCGACUGGACCAGUGUGUCUUGAUGACGAGAAUGAGUUUCCUCCUCGUGCAACAAAAAAGACAUUUAAAAACCUCAAAACCUGGGACAAAAUGGAAUAUUCGCCCGCAGCCCACGCCAUGGGGAUGGCUUUGAACUAAAGACAGGCUUCUGGAGACACAGCAGCUCCUCUCCAUGUUGAAACCUCUUGCCUUCCCUUGACCUCAAGCGAGACUUCAGAGGCUCAGCUGUUAACAGUGAGGGAAAGCAGCUUCAGUCUAACAACAGAUCUGUUGCUGGUUGUCAGAGAUGACCUCUUCAUUAAACAAGAUCAGAGGAGAGAUGAGAAGGCCAAGGAGGGCUCAUAAAAGGUGGCCUCAACAACAGCGAACGUGGAUGUUGCUACCGAUGGCACCAGGACUGCUGAGGGAUCCUGCGGCAGGAGGUUGAACCCAUUCCGCUUGUCUCUUGCUUGCAUUGAUGGGGUGGAUUAAGCACUUUGAGGUCCACUGUUGGUCUUACACAGGACUUGGGUGUCGCUGAGCAGGACAAGCAGGCUGAGGCCUCAGGUGAGGAGAAGCUGCCACGCUUGAGACCUGUGUGGUCUUUAUGGGAUGGGAAGAACAAACCCAGCUCUGUUUCCUGGUUACCUGCCCGAGCUUCCCUGUGGGUUGAUCAGUGUUGGUGUUGUUUCCAGUGGCUUUGGGAGCUGUUGUUGUGUGCCUCGGGCCAGGCAGGGCAGGACUUUGGGAAGCCAGCACAGUGGCUCUCCCCACCAAGGCAUGCUCGGAGCAGUGUUAGGGUAGUGCUGUGAGGUCUGACAAAAGAAAUCCUGCAGGAUUCUGCAAGCAGGAAUGGAAGCAGGGAAUCUUCUUAAAGCUGUUGGGAUUCAGUAGGAAUUCUCCCAGAAUGCUCAGUGCUUUUCCAGGCAGACAUGAUGCAUCCUGCCCUUGGCUGCACACUGAAGCUCGUCACCUUGGGGACCAGAGGUGAUGCGAAGGCUUCAUCAGGAGAAUCAUUUCAUUAAGUCAGGCUGGAUUGCACUCAGCAGGCAGCUCUUCAAAGACAGCUUCCCCUCGCUGAUACACAGCCUUUAAAAGCAUCUCUUCUACAUCGAUUAUUGGCUGCCUCCAGAACUGGUUGGGCAGCCUGCCUGUGCUGCCAGAGGAUGCUGCUGCAGAGGGUGGAAUGAAACCCCCCAGCAGCACAGCUCCCAGGAAGGAUGGACAGGAACACGAGCUCCUGCAGCCCAUCCAGCCUAGCAGAGCCCCAGUGUGGUGCCCACACACAUCUCACUGCUCCAACCCAUGGAUCUCAACACAAGUGACCAGGCUGCAGAUGCAUCUUUGGCUCCGUGGGACCAAUGUUUGCCCAAGUUCCUCCUCACUCGCUGCUGGAUGGUGGGCCUCUUGCACCAUCACUAAUGAUUUGAAGUGAUUUUUUCAACAGCUGGCUGUUAGCAGAGGAAAGGCCAUUGAUUUUGCAGUGAAGUUCUACCAGUAAUUGUGUUUCACAGGGGAUGAGCAGGUUUGGCAGGACCUGACUGGCCUCUUCCUCACAGCAGCCUCUCUGGUACUCGAUAGGCAUUUUGGCACCUGGGGCUUGGAGGAUUAAACUCAUCAGUGAGAUACAUGCAAAUCCAAUGCCAAUGCUUGUGCCUCAAAACUGGGCAAGUGAUGGUCCUGAAGCCCACUGCAGGACUGAUCCCAGGAGGAGGAGCUGGCACAGACCCUCACACAGCUGGGGCUGUGGGGCUCACACUGCACUGCUGCAGGAUGCAGGUCAUGUCCAGGAUGGAGCUGAUACAGGGGAAAUCCAUGCCUUGGCUCAUGGUCAGUGUCCACCAGAAGUAGGUGCUCAUCUUACCCAGGUCUCCAGCCUCAUCCCAUGGCAUUAGGAGCUGAUGUGAAGUGGCUCAGGGUCCUCGCUGCUGCCUGUUCUUCAUGCGCCUGCUUUGCUCUUUCUCUCAGAGGCUUUGCUGAUACUUGGGCUAAGCUUCCUCUCACCUACUUUGGCCUAACCUUGUGGUGUUUAACUCUGGGCUCCAUCUGGAGACCCCAGAGAGAUGCAGUGCUGCACCCCUGAGAGUGCUGCACCCCUGAGAGUGAUGCAGU